AUGUCCAGCAAGAUCACUAAUGUUGCACUUGCUGGUCACGAGAAUGAGGAGUUGCUUACUGAGAUUGCGCAGGCGACGGGUGUCCUGGGGUCCGCCAUCCUGAACGGUCUACUCGAAGCCAACUUCACUGUCACGGUGAUUGCUCGGAAGGGAGGGCAAACGUUCCCCUCUGGUGUGUCCGUCGAAGUCGUUGACACCAACUCGGUCUCUGCAAUCGCUGAAGCUCUUCGCGGUCAGGAUGCUAUCGUGGAUGCGACAUCUGGUCCUGAUCCCACCCUCCAGGGACGAAUCAUCGAAGCUGCUGUUUCCGCGGGAGUAUAUCGCAUAGUGAUGGGUGAGUUCAGUGUCGACCCUGAGGACCCCGUAGCCAGAUCGCCACUCAUCCACCAUGGGAAGAACCAGGCUUUCAAGCAGAUCAAGCAACUCGCUGCUGAAGGCAAAAUCACGUGGACUACCAUAUCGAAUGGAGCUUUCCUUGACUGGAACUUGCGAACUGGCUUCAUCAACAUCGACAUUCGCAGCAAGAAGGCCCGAUACAUGAACGACGGCACGAACCCGCUUCCUUGGACGAUGCUUUCUUCGAUCAGUACUGCUGUCGCCAACGUACUAAAGAAGGCCGAGCAUACCGAGAACCGCUCUUUCUACAUCUCCAACGUGAUCAAGAGUCAAAAGCAGAUGGUGGGCCUGGCGAAGGAGGCUCUGGGUAGCGAUGGCUGGGACGAGUCGAACCAAGACAUGGAUUCGAAGCUCAAGGGCGCGACUGAGGCUAUGAUGGCGGGAAAGGUCGACUUGGAGGUUAUCGGCGACAUGAUUCGAUGGUCUGCGGGAACAGUCCCCGCACCACGCUGGGAGCAAUUGGACGACAACGCGCUGUUGGGAGUGGAACGAAUGAACGACGAUGAGGUGCGCGAACUCAUCCGCGACAUCGCUUCAGAGGGCAAGUCAUCGCCUGAGUCAAUGCUUGCGAAUAAGUGA